AACCAAGUAUAACCAACCAAUCGACCAGAGCCCGUCACGCGCGAACCGACCCGAAGCCGCCGCCGCCGCCGCCGCCGCCACCAGCACCGACCGGAACCGACGCGCCGCACCCCCACCCCAUGGCGGAGCACGACGCGCCCCCCGAGUCCGGCGCCGCGAGGUCCCCGCCUGCCAAGCGCGGCGGCGACGCCCGCUCUCCCCAGCGGGAUGCGCAGCCUCACCAGGAGAGGUCCUCGAGUUCCAGAGACCGAGUCAGGGAGCGCGAUGAGGACAAGGACAGGGAGCGCGAUGAGCACAAGGACAGGGAGCGCCACAGGCGCCGCGGGGAAGAUCGAGAGAGGUACCGGGACAGGGAGAUUGUCCGUGAUCGCGGUGAAGGGAGCAGGGAUCGUGAGCGCCACCAUCGCGAGCACCGUGAUGGGAGCAGGGAUCGUGAGCGCCACCAUCGCGAGCACCGUGAUGGGAUCAGGGAUCGUGAACGCCACCAUCGCGAGCACAGUGAAGGGAGCAGGGAUCGGAUCGUGAGCGCCACCAUCGCGAGCACCGUGAAGGGAGCAGGGAUCGUGAGCGCCACCAUCGCGAGCACCGUGAUGGGAGCAGGGAUCGUGAGUGCCACCAUCGCGAGCACCGUGAUGGGAGCAGGGAUCGUGAGCGCCACCAUCGCGAGCACCGUGAGAGGAGUGAGAGAAGGGAGCAACGUGACCGUUCCGAUGACCGUGACAACCGCCGGAGCGGUGAUCGUGACGCUGAAAGCAUUGUGUGCUUUUAAUUGA